AUCAAACCAAAGGACCCCUUAACUAUUAAGGGGGUUAAUAGAACGAAUCACACUUUUACCACUAAACUAUACCCGCUACAAUCCGAUUAUUGUAUACAAAUGGAAUUUUUGUCGAACAAGGGAAUUGAACGUAAUUAAGAAAGAUAGGAUCAUAAAAGAAUCAUGAAAAUGAGAGUGUUGCCGUUUUUCGUGGGGGAAGAUUAGGAAAAGAGGGUUCAUUUAAAUAACAAAAUAACACAAGUUUUUUCUUUUCUUUUGCCAACGGAGUUUUUUUGAUAGAUACGGCUGGCAAAACCGCGGAAAUCCUAACAUAAAAAUGCAUUGUGUAAGAAUCCACAAUUUCCCCUUUUUCUUUAUUUCAGUGAAGUAAAAAAGAAAGUAAAUAAAAAAGGAAGAAAGUAUAAUAAGAAAUAGCACUUUGAUUUUCUAUUUUCUAUAAUAUAAAAAUGGAAAAAGGGCCCGGCUAGGUACUGACCAGGCCAGGCCAUGGGAAUAAACUCUUUCGGACAAAAUCAAAGUAAGGAGGUCUUCUUUAUUUUGAUUUAUAUUGGAUUUUUCCAGUCCUUACUUUAUCUAAAUGGAAUUACUAAUAAAAGUUGUAUAUCUAUAUACUAAAGAUAAGGGGAGAGAAAAGAGAGAGAGAAAGAAAGACUUUUACUACUUUAUGUGUAAUGUACCUUACUUUAUACAUUAUGUGUAAUGUAACAUAGUAAUUAAUUAUCUUUUUUUUUUUCAAUUGGGAGAGAUGGCUGAGUGGACUAAAGCGUCGGAUUGCUAAUCCGUUGUACGAGUUAUUCGUACCGAGGGUUCGAAUCCCUCUCUUUCCGUUGAUGACUUGAUAUUUGCUUUAUCUUUCAAAUUUCCCCAACCCUUGGUUAAACGUGGAAUAGAUAAAAUCCUAAUAAAUUUGAAAAAUCAAGUAAGGAAAACGAAAAGCCUUUUUCUUUUAUUCUUCACGUCCAGGAUUACGUCCCGGAUCAUUAGAUAGGAAUCCAAAGAUGAAAAGAGAAACAAAGAAUAUCACUACUGUGUAAACAAAGAGUUUAAGAGUAAGCAUUACACAAUCUCCAAAUCAUUUUUUGGAAAAAAAGAGAAUAGAUCCUCCAUUUUUAUACCACAUAUCCUAUUUUGACCCCAAGAAAUGAAGUACUUUCUACAAAUAGAAAAGAAUAUUCAGAAAUUCAAAGUCAUUUGUAAUAAGAGUCUUUUAUUACAAAAAUUUUCUUUCAUACCUACAAUUCGAUAUUGUGGGGAACCUUAAGCCUAUUAGGGCCUUUCGCUGGAAAAAGGUCAUAAUGGGGAAAUGGGAUGAUCCAGAUUUAUCGCAGCUUUCCAAGAAUUUCAAUGUUUGAAUCGAGGGUUCAUAUUGUAAGACUUAUCUGAUCUUAUCAAUUGUUAGAAUUUUUUCCUCGAAUAAAUCAUGAAUUUUCUAGGAUAGUAUUAAAAAAGAUCUCAUCGAAAACUUACAGCAGCUUGCCAAACAAAGGCUAAGAGAAAGAAGAGCACAGGUAUGACUGGCAUAACAUUCACGAUUGGAUUCAAAAAAGCAUAGGACUCGGGCAAUUUGGCGAUGAAAAAACUACUCGAAUAAAGGGCAGAAUUAAGACAGAUACAGAUCAAACUAAAGAUAUUAAGCAUAACAGACAUUUUGUUCUUGGAGAUAAUUGCAUUUUGCUUGAGUUAUUGAUAUAAAGAAAAAUAAAGUAAAAUAAGGUAGACCAAAAAAUCUUUCUUUUUCUUUGAACUCACCCAAUCAAAAAUCCUCCAUUUCUCAAAGGAGAAUAGAAGAAAUCAUACUUUCAUACAAUAUCUUAAUUGAAUUAUAUGUAAUGAUCAAUAAAUUCAGUUUAAUUCUAUAUCUACACGUGUUAAAAUCCUAGCAACAAUCUAAUUUAUUUUAGAGAUAUUUGGGCUGGAAUUGACGAACAAUCAAUACCAAUAUUAGUCUUUAUUAGUGUCGAAUAUAAAUCGAAAUGGGGCGUGGCCAAGUGGUAAGGCAACGGGUUUUGGUCCCGCUAUUCGGAGGUUCGAAUCCUUCCGUCCCAGAGCAUAUCCAUUCUAUUAGAAUAAAGAUUGUGUUUUUGAAAAACUUUCUGUUUAAAGAUCUAAUAUUGGGUCGAAUGUGAUUCUUGUUUCUUAUUUUUAAUGAUUCUUCUCUGAAUCAUAUCUUUUUUUUUCACAAACUGGAAUCGAGUUUAAAUGACACGCAAAUAUAACUGAAUCUAUCUGUAAUCCGGGUAAAAUGGGAAUAUAGAUCACAAGAGUUUGAAUUCAAAAAAGUUGGGCGGUCUUUUCAUCAUAUGCUCAGUCCCUUCAUAUUGAAGGAAGCUGGUUACUUCGAAAAACCUUACGCCCGUAUCGAAUUGAAUUUUCAAUGAUGCAUUUUGAAUUGAAAUGCGAAAGAAAAGCUCCUAUAUUCCCUAUCUCUUAUUCUCUAUCCUUUCAAUGAGAGGGCCCCGGUUAUUAAUUCUCUGUAAAUCUCCGAAUUCUAAGGAUCUCUUGAAUUCUAAACAAGAGGGAGUUCUUGGUACUAAUUGAAUUCAAUCAAUGGGAUUAAGUUUCUUAAGACUGGGUUAGGAUAGAAUAAAAAAUAGGAGCAAGGACUUAAUCCGGACUUGUUUGGUUUUGGACCUAUACAAGAUAGUUAGCAUCCUAUUUUAUCAGCUGCUUUUUUUAUUUAUGACUCAUCAUCCUCCUAGAAUUGGGGGAGUAGAUAGGAGUUAAUUAGUAACGGAAGAUAUGAAUUUCAAUAUCUGUGUUUGCCCGAAUCUCAUUAACAAACAAUCAAGUUACAUAUGUAACUGGGGGAUUUUCUUUGAACCCAGUUUUUAGGUAUUUCUUUUUUGGCUAUAAUGAAUAAUUGUAAAUAGAUAUUCAGACCGGGCCGAUUCAGCCAUUUUAUUCACUUUAUUUUAUGGCAAGAUUACAGAAAGAUUACUACUACUACACUUCAAGUCAAACAAAAUAUAAAAAUGCAUAUAAAAUGAGGAAAUGUUUAGCUUAUAUGUAUUGUUAUCGUUCUAUUUCAGUGACAACGGCCUUUCGAUUUUUAUGAAAAAAUUAGUGACAAUUGUUCAGUCUAUCUGAUAGAUAUGAAACCCCCUAUUCGUUCGAUUCUGAUUUUAUCACUCAGAUGAAAGAAUAAGGACUUAAAUCUUCCCUUACAUAAGUCUUUUUUAUCCAUCUCAAAAAAAAGAAAUUGGAUUUUUUGUUUGAUCUAUCUAUCCGCGCUUGAAAUCAUUGAUGAUUCAAUUCGAAAUGAAACAGAAAUUUAUCUAUCUUGUGGUGAUCAAAUGCAGCCCUUACUGUAAAAUUGGAUUCAAAUAAUGUGUCAAAGUGGGAAACUUUUUCAAUUAUAACUAUUUUUAAACCAUUUUUAAUGAUUCCGGAGGAGUUGAAUCUUUGGUACUUGAAGAAGCGUAAGAUUGAUAAAUCUAUCCUAUUGAGUCACUUGAAGAUGCAAAUUAAAAAAAACUUAUUUUUUCGUCUUAUUUAUGUUUUUUUUUUAUAAAAAAAUGUUGUAUUCAUACAAUCAAAUAUGGAGUUAAGUUGCAUUUUUGUUGAGAUUCCUUCAAAAAAAUAUCUACCCAUCUAUAUAGAAGAGAAAAAUCUAGAUUACUAUGGACCGACUGAACCAAUGACUAUUCAUGAUUCCAUAAUUGAAUAUUGAAUCAUUUCCAUACCGGUUCCAAUUUAGAGGAAUGUUAUGGUAAAACUUCGUUUGAAACGAUGUGGUAGAAAGCAACGUGCGACUUGAAAGACACGAUCCGUUGUGGAUUCUUACAUCCAUCAUUUUAUAUAGGAAUGAAGGUGCUCCUGGCUCGACAUCAUUUGUUCUGUUCCACUAGAACCCCUCCUUUUUGUUGGGUUGUAAUGUAAAUAGUACAUGGUGGAGCUCGAGCAGAAAGUAUUGAUUCAUUUCUCGGGGGCAGGGAUCUAGGGUUAAUGCUAAUCAAUAAAUUGGAACAACUUCGUAAGUAUAUCUUCGAUAUAGAAAUAGAAAUCGAAAGAAUCCAAUUCGAGCAAGUUUCCGCCCAAAAAGGAAAAAGAAAAUUGUUGGAAUUGAUAAAACUCUUUCGAUCCAAGGUGUAUCGCGCGGGAAUCCACCGUUCAUAUGAUUCUUUGAUAGAAAGAAAUCACAAAAAGGGUAUGUUGCUGCCGUUUUGAAAGGAUUAAGGAUCGCCGAAGUAAUGUCUAAACCUAAUGAUUCAAAACAAAGAUAAAGGAUCCCCAGAACAAGGAAACGCCGUUUGAGUUGUCUCAAUAACUGGAUCAGAAUGAAGAAUUUAAAUUGUUUUUAAAUGAGACAAACAAAAAAGGGGGUUAGAGACCACUCAAUAAAUGAAAUAAAUGCCUAAAGAUUUUUCUUUGAGCUAUUGGGGAGUUAUCCAACUUGAGUUAUGAGUACAAAUGAUUUUUUUCUUUUUCAGUAAGGAAGAGAAGAAGAAAAAAGGGCUUAAAUCAUAGCCUAAUUGAUUUGAUGAUUUUAUGGAUCCAUUUGCCAUUAGAAUUCUAUAUUAUAAUUCGAUACAUCGAAAUCACUUCGAAUCAUUUUUUCUUGAGCCGUACGAGGAGAAAACUUCCUAUACGUUUCUAGGGGGGGGUAUUGUUCAUCUACAUCUAUCCCAAUGAGCCGUCUAUCGAAUCGUUGCAAUUGAUGUUCGAUCCCGAAGAGAGGGAAGAGAUCUUCGGAAAGUGGGUUUUUAUGAUCCGAUAAAGAAUCAAACUUAUUUAAAUGUUCCUGCUAUUCUAUACUUCCUUGAAAAAGGCGCUCAACCUACAGGAACUGUUCAUGAUAUUUUAAAGAAGGCGGAGGUUUUUAAGGAACUUCGUUCUAAUUAAAAAAAAUUCAAUUCAUUAAGGAAUAAAAAAAAAUAA